AUGUCCGACAUCACACCUCUACAACCAAAUUGUAUCGCCUCGGAUGGGUCCGCCCUCUGGGCACACACACUUAUCAGGGGUCUCGGCAGAGUAAACGACACCAUCCUCCUCACCCAGUCCAGCGCCAAUCCUACUAGCCCCAAAGAUCUGACCUGGAAAGUUGUCUCGUCCGUCUCCCAACCUGGUUUGUACAUCCUCCAGGGACUAGCUCAAAUCAGAAGUCUGGUCUGCUCUGUCGACAGCAAAGGCAGCUGGACCAAUGUCGAUGUCACAGAUAACUACAAGUGGUCCUUCACUGCCGACAGUGUCAUGUUCACUGUGCCGAACGGCGACGGCAGUGUGUUGAUGCACGUCUACGGCACCUCAAUUAUCAGUAAUUCAAUCACCUUUGCCAUCUUUGACAAGACUCGGCACAUCUUUGUCGAACAGAAUGCUACAUGGUCCACGCCCAUUGGAAGCGGUACUCCCAACGCCUUUGCCGUGACCUCCAUGAACUUUGGGAACUCCACCGUAGCCUUGAAAAUCAUACCCCUGAACCCAACAGCAACUCCGUCCACCAGCUCGUCCAUCAAGGUCAUUUCUGCGCCGGCCAGCAUGGGCACAAGUUGCUCGCUUUUCUCCGGAACAGUGAGGGGUGCGAUACUUGGAAACGAUUACUAUAUUUUCUGUUCGAAUUCUGGACGGUCGCUCAACUACCUAGCGACCUCGGACGGGAUCACGUUCAAUGCUCCCGUCAAGGUCAACACCUCGAUCGGAUACCCAGAGUCCUUCUUCCCCUUUGCAUCAACCCCCGGAUCAGGUGUGACUUGGGCGUUCAUGAACAACGACACCAGCAUAGCUGGACUGACCUUGUCCGGACCCAACAUUGGAGCAUGGCAGGACAUGAACUAUUCGAUCAAUGUCACAGGCUGGUCGAACCCGAAUGGAGGAUCCAGUGGAUCCUCUGAUGGAUCAUUUGGUGGUUCUUCCAACAGCAUAUUCAAAGGAGGAGUGCCGGUGUCCGCCAUCAUUGGAAUAGUUAUCGCCUGCUUAACUGUCCUGUGUGUAGUCAGUACCUGGACCUGUCGUUACAUGGCCAGACGGAAGAGACUGCAGUCUGUGGAGGUAGUGCACGCCUCUUGUAUGCCUUUACAGCAGACAUCGACGACGUUUGUGCCACCCACAUUUGAGAACUAUGAGCAUGGACAGCAAUAUCAAAUGUAUCCGCCACCACCAUCAGUUCAGGCACAUCAGUCGCAUGACCAACCCGAGAUGUCGCCAGCACCAGCGUACACACCCUACCCGACAAAGAACGACGAGAUGGGUGCAUCAUUAUCAUCGCCGUACAUCCCUGCAACCACUGCUUCUGUAUCAUCCACGCCUACUUUCGCACAGCCACAGCACCUACAGCAGUACCCCGGAACAGCAGUAGGGCGGCCACAGACGGAUGUGCAGUAUGUUGCGCCGCCUUUAAGUACCGCAACAGCGGCAUAUCCCAGUAGGCCUGGUCCGCAGUUGUAUCCUGCAUCUGCUGCGCCGCAAGACUACGGCGACCAGCAUUUAUUCAGUCAGUCAGUGCCUCAGGCAAACCUUAGACAGAACCCGCAGGAGGGGGUGCCGCAACCAGGGAGCCAGUACCAUUACUGA